CUUCGAUUUUUUUUUUUUUUUUGAAUGGUUAAUAAAUACUUUCGAUGAUUAGUUUUAAAUCGACGAUUUUAAUUCAAAAUAAAUAAUUUUGAAAAUACGUAAUGUGCAUUCAUAUAAUUGACAUAAAUUCAGUUAUAUGAUAAGUUUCUAAAAUUAUACACAGAAAAGUAAAGAAUGUUUUUGACUAAAUAUUUUAUACAUAAUUUUAACUUAAAAGUGACGCAUAUAGCAAUGCAUUUGAAAACGAAUCAUUUCAGCUUUAAGAUUCUGACUUAACUUACAAUUAACUUAAAGAUUGUAAUUACGUAAUAUUGUUCAAGAGAGUGACAAGAUAUUGCCUUAUCAUGCUCUUAUAAUUUUCUGUACUUUGGUUUAGUAUAAGUUUGUUAUAGUCAUUGUAAAACCGUAUAUUAAAGAUCUAAGAAAGUUAAUGAAUUAAGCACCUAGGAAAAAAGGCUGAAACAAAAUGGCACAUAUAGAAAUUACUCAACGUAAAUCAAGUCUUAUAAAGGAGGCUAUCAUUCAGAUUGGUGCAGGUGGUUCUGCAGGUUUUGUAGAAGCUUGUAUAAUGCACCCCAUGGAUCUUAUUAAAACACGUUUCCAAUUGCAAGUUAAAAUGGGAACUCAAGAUGCUCUUUACUAUACAGGAAUUAGAGAUUGUAUGAAUAAAAUGUAUAACAAUGAGGGAGUUGCAGCAUUUUGGAAAGGUAUAUUACCGCCAAUUAUCAUGGAAACUCCUAAAAGAGCUGUGAAAUUUUUCUCCUUUGAACAGUACAAGAAGCUUUUUAAUAAUCACAUGUCACAGUCAAUGGCAUUUUUUUGUGCUGGAUUCUUAACAGGUGUAACAGAGGCAAUUUUAAUAAAUCCUUUUGAAGUAGUUAAAGUACAAAUGCAGUCUAAUCGUAAACAUAUCAGUGAUAGUCCAUCAACUAUUGCUGUUACUCGACAUAUUCUUUACAACCAAGGUUUUGGACUAAAUGGUCUUAAUAAAGGUUUAUCUGCUACAAUAAUGAGAAAUGCUGUUUUCAAUGCUUUUUAUUUUGGGAUUUAUCGUUCUAUGAUUCUUCGACUGAAUAAACAAAAAGAAUAUGUUCCAGAACUGUUUCUGAAGUUUGCUAUAGGUUUUAUAGCUGGGACGGUGGCAUCCUGUAUGAACAUACCUUUUGAUGUUGCUAAAAGUCGUAUUCAAGGUCCACAAGGAACAAUCCAGUAUAAGGGUACUCUGCAAACUAUUUACUUAGUUUAUCAAAAUGAAGGAUUUAGAGCCUUGUAUAAAGGAUUGUUACCAAAGAUCUUACGAUUAGGUCCAGGUGGUGCAAUUAUGCUUAUAGUUUAUGAUAAAAUGACAGCAUUUCUCAAUAUGCAGUUUGGUGAUUAA